CCCCUUUCCAGGUUGCACCGACGCUUAGGAAUGAGCAUCAAUGAGAAUAGUGUGGAAAAUGGAAGGGAACAGUAGCGUUAUCACCUCUGCCAUUCUGGCAAUAGAUUACAUAGAUUCGUUACUUCCACAAAACCCCUUACAAGAGCCUUUUAAAAAUGCAUGGAAUUGUAUGUUGGACAAUUUUACAAAAUUUCAAAUUGCUACUUGGGGAUCUCUGCUUGUUCACGAAGGCGUUUAUUUCUUAUUCUGUUUACCGGGUUUUAUUUUUCAGUUUAUUCCAGCAAUGCAGAAGUAUAAAAUACAGAAGGACAAGCCAGAAAGUCUUGAGAAACAGUGGAGAUGCUUCAAGACGUUAUUGUUUAACCACUUCUUCAUCCAGUUGCCGAUGAUCUGCGGUACCUAUUAUUUCACUGAAUUCUUCAAUAUUCCAUAUAGUUGGGAGAAUAUGCCACGCUGGCAGAUGAUUGCAAUGCAGUGUCUGGGUUGUGCUAUAGUUGAGGACACGUGGCACUACUUUCUACACAGACUGUUGCAUCAUAAGAGAAUCUACAAAUAUAUUCACAAAGUUCAUCAUGAAUUUACGGCUCCAUUUGGUAUGCAAGCUGAAUAUGCCCACCCAGCAGAGACAGUUAUCCUUGGCAUGGGCUUUUUUAUUGGCAUCAUGAUCUUCUGCAAUCAUGUCAUCCUCCUGUGGGCUUGGGUGACCUUUCGCCUCCUAGAAACAAUAGACGUACACAGUGGUUAUGACGUUCCCUGGAAUCCUCUGCACCUUAUUCCAUUUUACGGUGGUUCCCGCUUCCACGACUUUCAUCAUAUGAAUUUUGUUGGAAACUACUCUUCAACUUUCACCUGGUGGGACAAGCUGUUAGGAACAGAUUUACAGUUUCAUGUCUUUAAUGACAAAGUGAAGAAAGAGAAGGAAGUAACUAAGAAGGACUAGCAGAAAAUGCUGUAAACCAAGUGCAUAAUGUUUCAAUAUAUAUUGUUAUUGUGAGGAAAUCCAAAAAUUAAAUCAAGAGUUGAAUAAUUUCACAAUGAUGUUCAUGAUAAAGUUAUAUGACUAUGAUUCUACAUUAGAUUAAGAACAUUCUGCAGCAGUUCAAUUGACAUGAGCAUUGUUAACUUUACCCUCAUACAAACAAGAUGCCAAGGUUUCUCAUGAUCAGUACUGAAUUUCAUAUACAGAUUACACGAAGUGCUUUGAAUCGAAUAUAAAAAGUAAUCUUGCAGUUCUUUCUCUUUGUAAAAGAAAAUCAUUUGUGUGAUACUAAUUACUGAAACAUCAUUUUCAGAUUUCUGGCUUGUAGAAAAGGUAAUUGCAAGAACAUGGUGUGUCCUAAGUGUACAGAUACUAAUUAGAGUGUUGUUGUGUUGGAAUAAUAGUUUGAAGUAAUGGAAAUGUUAUUCCAAGAAUUUUGAAUUCUUCAAGAUUUCGUAUGACAUUGUUUAUGAAAUGUGGGAUAAUGUAAGAUACUUUGAAUCGAUAUUGGUCACUUUUGGCUUGAUACAUAAAACUACAGAUUUAUAAAUAUGUUGAGGCAAUAGUUAUAAUUGCACACCAGAUAUGCCAUUUGAUUCAUGAUCCCAGGUUCCAGAUACAGGCAACAUCAUUGUUUAAUUGAGAAGUGAUACAUUUUGGUAGAAGGUUGUACAGAGGCAAUAUGGAAUAGCCCAGUUCUAAAGGGAGUGCCAAAAUCUUUAAAUAUCCCAAGACACACUGGGUCAUUGAAAAGCAUGCAGGUUCUUGAGCUUCAUAAAGAGGAAUUGAAUACGAAUGUUUACAGUGCUCUAAUUUAGCUACGUAAGAGUAACAUUGUGACAAAUUUGAAUAAGAUAGAGAAAAUGUGUCCCAAUUAGCUAAUGUCAGAAGAACUAAGGGUCAUCACACAUUAAAGGUCUUGAGCAAAGAUAUAGGGAAAUUGUGAACUAGAUUUCUCCCCUGUAGAACUGGCUGCCUUGGAUAGUGGUGGUGGAAGCAUAGACAGUGUACUGUUUCAAAUGGUAGUGGGACAGGCAAGGGAAAUAGACUGGGGGGAUUACAAGGGAAAUCAGGGAAUGGGUUUAAUUUUGGUGCACAAGCUGGUGUGAACACGAGCUAAUAUCUUCUGUGUCAUUAAUAUGCUGUUGCUCUAAUGUUACUUUACAAUAUAUAUGUUUUUGAAGUAUUUUUAAACAAAUUUAUCUGGUAUACUAAUCACUGUUUGAUUACUGUGUGUACUUUGCAUUACAUUUAUAAAAAUAUUGCAGUACAUAUUCAAAUUUCAUUCACAUCAGAUGCAUUCAUUUUCAGAUUGUAAUUUUCAAACUAUUGGGAGACAAUUAAGGAUGUGUUUUCUCAUGCAGUAUUGAGGUCAUGGUGGGAUGUUAUAUAGCACUGAUGUUUACCCCCUGCAUUUACAAGAGGCUGGUAACUGAAUUACCAGUCAGUUGUGCUAGGGAUUUGUAUCAAGUUACAAAUAAAGCAUAAUUCUUUAUUCUGUGAACUAGUCAAGUCAAAGUAGAUUUAUUAUCAAAGUAUGUACAUAUUACUUACAGUACCCUGAGAUGAAUUUUCUUGCAAGCAUUUACAGGAAGAAAUGAAGAAGUAGAAGAUAAUUUAUUUAUUUAGCGAUACAACGUGCAAUAGGUCCUUCCAACCCUUUGAGCCACACUGCCCCAGCAACCCCUGACAAACCAGAUUAACCCUGACCUAAUCAUGGGACAAUUAACAAUGGCCAGUUACCUACCGGGGAGAUCUUUU